AGAGAUGAAACAUUCAACAUUGUUUUCUGUGAAACAAGGUCACUUCUGUGUUUAGCCGUGGACGAAAUGUACUUCAAUGCUACUUUGUCUCGAGUGGAUACAAAAUACGUAAAUAUUUUGUAUGUAAAAAAUGUGUCGACGCGUUUUCAAGGUAUCAGUUAUAAUAUAUACCAAGUACCGAAAGUUUACAGCAAAAUGUUCAUUCUUAAUGUGUAUGCUAAGCCCAUUCAGAUUUCCUGUGCCAGUUCACAUCUCGAGUCCUCGUCAACGAACACGACAUUAUCGUGUAGAACAGAACAAAUAUUUCCUGAACUUCUUUGUGUCUUCUUUAGCAAAAAUCAGGUUUUAGCGAAUGCAAGCAUAAUGUAUGAAAAUUUAAACGUUACUGUUGGAACAUCGCGAUAUUAUACAUCAACGUGCAAUAUAACCAUUGACUUGAACAAGCUAGGACAAGGACAACAUACAUUCUCUGCAACCCUGUAUCCCAAUGUUACAUCAGGGUUACAAUACGGCGUUAACAGCUCCACAGUUUACGUCAAUUUAACUUUAGCCAAGGCUGUCUUGGAUCCCAGUUGUCCAGGAGUGACUGAUUACAUCAAGGUAGGAGCUUCAUCAGUCUGCAGGUGUAACCGUUCCAGUGUAGGUAACCCACCUGGCCGAGUCGAAUGGUUUACAUCCAACAACCUGCCUGUCGCUACACCUGGUGAUGAGGGGGGUUCCGUGGUACUGCGUGUAGGAUAUAACGCUAGCAACAGACAACUUAACUUUACCUGUAGAGGUGUGUCAUCUGUUGGUGUAGAGGACCCGGGUGUAUUAUUUCAAGCAAGCUUUGAAUUCCCUUCUUCUGUAUCAAGUUUCACGAUUGACCUUUCAACCCAACUGAAUCCAUCUAUUGGGGGAUAUGUUAAACUGACCUGUUUAGCUGAAGGCAACCCACCACCACAAAUGACGAUAUCUCGAAAAGGAACGAGAUCUAGCGAGACCCGAGAGAACGGUACCAGAAGACUGUCUCUGGCCAUCCCAAGCUUGGCCUGUGUGGACAUUGAUGAGUACUGGUGCACGGCCGACAAUGGCGUGGCUGGACAUGACAACACAUCGGCCAGUGUACGACUGGUCACCAACUGUUCAGUUCACCUACAAGCAGAUGAAACAAAUAACCGAAUAUUCCCCGUUGUAAAAGGGAGAGAUGUAUUUAUAAAGGUCAAGGUUUUCGGUUACCCCAACCCCUCCUCCUACUCCCUGAAGUACCUGAUCCAGGGGUCGCCAUACGAAAUACGACAACAACGGUACACGGUAGUUUACACAGAGACCACGCCCUUCUAUGGGAGCGCUAAUCUGGCCAUCUUUGGCGUACAGGAGCAGGAUUUUACACAGUUCAUCUUCACCAUCAGCAAUGGCGUCGGUGACGGCCUGGACUUUCACUUUACAGUACAAGAGGAACAGGAUAACAACCUCGCCCUUGGCGUUGGUCUAGGCAUCUCCUUACCUCUUGUGGCACUAGGCAUCAUCGCUGCGGUCCUUGCUUUAGUCAUCAGAAAACGACGAGCCAUGAGCUCACGUGACCCCAAGCCAGCAAAUUAUGAUGACGUCAUUGUUACGCAAACUGACGAGCACCGAUAUGGAGUUGUCAAUCAGAGUGCAAAUAUUUACGACUUGCCAGACCUGAACAAUGAACAGCCGCAACCAAUGACCAACAACUACAGUAAUGUUACCAGAUUGGGAGAUUCAAACUUAUAUGCACAGAAAAACCCGGAACCAACGUUUAACGAUAUCAAAACUCAGAGUGGAAAUAAAGCUACAGCACAAAUAAAGCUUAACUAUGAGAAUAUUGAAAUCGAAGAAAAAUGCUAG